AUGAUUGCAACAUGUGGAAUAGCAUCAGAAGAUAGUUUAGAAAAUGCAAUAGAACAACUCUGGAAGGUUGAAGAAGUUGAUACUCACUCAAAGGUCUUGUCAAUAGCAGAGCAACAAUGUGAAGCUCAAUUCACUCAAACUACAUAUCAGAAUGUUACGGGACGAUUCAUCGUACGUCUUCCUUUUAUAAAUGACAGAUUCGCUUUGGGAGAUUCGAAAGACAUUGCUACAAAUAGAUUUCUAGCACUAGAGCGUAGACUUUCAAAGGAUAGUCACCUCAAACGACAAUACGUAGAGUUUUUAGAUGAAUAUGAAAAAUUGGGACAUAUGACCGAAAUAGAUAUUGAAAGGAUUAUGUCACCAGAUUACUUUAUACCACACCAUUGUGUGCUUAAACCCGACAGUACCACCACCAAGUUACGUGUGGUAUUUGAUGCAUCAUCCAAAACAACAUCAGGGCAAUCUCUCAAUGAUUUACUACACAUCGGACCAACUGUUCAAAGUGAAUUACUAUCUAUUUUAUUACGAUUCCGUCUUCCUCGUUAUGUGUUUACAACAGACAUUGAAAAAAUGUACCGACAAAUACUUGUACAUCCAGAAGACAGACAAUGUCAGCUUAUCGUUUGGAGAUAUGAACCAAGUCAACCGAUAAAGUAUUUUGAACUCAACACAGUAACAUAUGGUACUAGAUCAGCACCGUUGCUAGAUACCAAAUGUUUGCAAGCUUUAGCUGAUGACAAUAUGCAAAAUUAUACAUUAGGUGCAUCUGCUCUCAAACAAAACUUCUUUGUAGAUGACUGUUUACACGGGGCAGAUAGUCUGAGAACAUUGUUGGAAACUCAGAGUCAAUUAAACAAAAUACUGACAGCAAGCGGUUUUAAAUUGCGAAAAUGGUGCGCAAAUCAUCCAAGUUUACUACAAGGAAUUCCACACGAUGACCUAGAAGUCAAUUUAGAUUUAGAAAAUAAUAACGAUACAACAAAAACUCUUGGGUUAUCCUGGUGUCCAAAAUCUGAUAGUUUAUGCGUCAAGGUUAAAUUGGCACCUGUUUGCAGCACGACGAAGCGCAGUGCAACCUCAGAUUUCGCAAUGCUAUUCGAUCCACUAGGACUUUUGUCACCAGUUGUGAUAUCUCGUCAUAUUUUCAAGGGCGAAGUUCCUGCCAACAUUCAGUUACACAUAUUUACAGAUGCAUCAGAAAAGGCAUAUGGUGCUGCGGCGUAUUUGCGAUCAACACUUCAGAAUGGUCAAAUCAUUGUACGACUAUUGUGCGCCAAAUCUCGGGUUGCACCUUUGGAAAGGUUGACAUUACCUCGUCUCGAACGUUGUGCAGCUGUGGUUGGCGUAGAACUAGCAACAAGAAUAAAUAACGACCUACAAAUAAGAAAUUACCAGACGUUCUUUUGGUGUUAUUCACAAAUAGUGAUAUCAUGGAUCAAUGCUCCAUCAUCAAAGUUUCACACUUUCGUUGCAAACAGAGUAAGCAACAUUCAUCAAUUAACAGCCACAAGUCAGUGGCGCCACGUCAGUUCGGAACACAAUCCAGCUGACAUUUUAUCAAGAGGCCUUGCACCCCAUAAACUACAGUCAUCAAGUAUGUGGUUUUAUGUACCUAUGUUCCUGCAUGGUCGGGAAGAACUGUGGCCUUCAAAACCAUCAUCAGUGUUAAAAUCCGAAACCCUCAUUGAUCCUGAACAGAAGAAGGAAAAUCCAGUAUCUACAUUGUCUGUUGUUGAAGGCACAACAAAUACUGGAGAGUUCAUAUACUCAAUACGACACAACAACUCAUUUGGAAGACUUCAACGGAUAUUAUCGUAUAUAUUAAGAUUCGUAAAAAGAACCAGAAGGAAACAAAAUGAUCAUUCAAGCAAUUUUUUGACUCCAGAUGAUCUAGAUGCAGCACAUCAGGUCAGCAUCAAAAGUAUUCAAUAUGCAGAAUUCAAAAACGAAAUCAAAAUUAUGAAAUCUGAUGAAAGAAUAAAUAAGUCCAGUGCAUUGGCAUCACUGGCACCUUUUAUUGAUAAUACGGGCAUCAAAAGAGUUGGUGGACGUUUGGAUGCAGCCUCAUUAUCGUAUGACGCCAAACAUCCUAUGUUGUUGCCUUAUAACGACCCCAUUGUCGAAUUAAUAAUGGAACAAGUCCAUAAGAAAUACAUGCACUGUGGUCCGAAGUCUCUCCUAGCUAGCAUGCGUCAACGAUACUGGCCAAUUAAGUGCAAAUUGAUGGCAAGGACAACAUUGUGUACGUUGUACUAA